AUGCAUUACUUGUUUCUCAGUUUCUUUAAAUUGUCAUCGACCGUCAUAUAGGAAUAUUAUUCUUCGAGUUUUGUGAAUUGUAGUAAUUUUUUUUUUUAAAAGUGUUCUACGCUUUUAUGUGCAGUGUUUUUUAAAAGUAAUAUUUAAACAAUAUAGGUUAAUAAUUACGUCGAAAAAAAAAGUUUUUAAAAAAUGGCUUUCAAGAGGAUUUUAUUACUCUGUUGUUUAGUUUCCUUCGGAAUAGCUGUUGAUAUAACAACAACUCUUGCACCAGAAAUUAGUACUUUAACCACAAAUGGAGAAACAGAAGGAGUUACUCAAAGUACAAAUAAAAAUGACACAAGUAAAACAAAAAAAAAUGAAAAUUCUGAAAAUAUUGACAAUCCAACUACAAUAAUACCUGAAACACCAAAAAACUCUUCCACCACACCAGAAAUUAAGGAUAAAAAAGAAACUGACAAUCCAACUACAAUAAUACCUGAAACACCAAAAAACUCUUCCAGCACACCAGGAAUUAACGAUAAGAAAAAAACUGACAAUUCCACUACAAAACAACCAGAAACACCAAAAAACUCUUCCAUCACACCAGGAAUUAACGAUAAAAAAGAAACUAACAAUUCAACUACAAAACAACCAGAAACACCAAAAAACUCUUCCACCACACCAGAAAUUAACAAUAAAAAAGAAACUAACAAUUCAACUACAAAACAACCAGAAACACCAAAAAACUCUUCCACUACACCAGGAAUUAACAAUAAAAAAGAAACUAACAAUUCAACUACAAAACAACCAGAAACACCGAAAAACUCUUCCACCUCAUCAGGAAUUCCCCAAAAAAAUAUAACUGAUAAUAAAUUACCCAAUAAUUCUAAUUCAAAUAAAAAUAAAACAACAGAUAAUACAGGAGCAACAGAUAAACCUCAAACUACAACUGAAAUUAAUGACAAUCAAACUACAAUAAAAGAUGAACCGCAAACUACAACUGAAGUUAAUGACAAUCAAACUACAAUGAAAGAUGAACCACAACAGCCUAAAAAUCAAUCGACAACUCUUAAUGUUUGGGACGUAAAAAAAUUUAAUUAUGUGCUUAUUAAUGAAGCAACUAAAGUUCCUUGCACUUUGACUAAAAUGAAUAUCACACUCACAAUACCUUACAAGACAAAAGAUGAUAAGAUCGUUACAAAGAAUUUAACAGUUCCUUUAAAUGCAACUGUAAAUGGUACGUGCAGCGAAAAAAUAUCAAUUAUGACAUUAAUAUGGCAAGAAUCAGAAGAAUUGGGACUAACAUCAUCGGACAAUGAACUUUCAAUAAAAAUUGUACGCGACGGUGAUGUUCAUUAUGUUCAAUUUUUAACUGUUUCCAUUGCAUUGGAUAAAAUUAAUUUUCCAAAUGCCACAGAAAAAAAUUUGAUUGUAAAUUCUACUGACAAUUUAAUGUUGUUCCAAACUACGAGUCCAAAUAAUAUAUACAUAUGCAAUAAUGCACAAGUAAUAAAAGCCGAUGGCGUGACAGUUACUUUUGAUAACAUUCAACUUAUUGCAUUCAAUACUAAUGGAAAUAGUACUUUACAAAAAAAAGAGGAAAUUUGUCCAACUGUCAAAAUUAUGACAAAUAAGAAAAAAACGAAAAAUAUUGGUAUAAUUGUGGCAGCUAUCUUAAUAGCAUUGGUGGGAAUAACACUAAUAAUAUUUAUCGUUAACAGAUAUUCCAGAAAAGUAACUUCAUGGAAUAUUACUAAAGCUUAAAAAAAAAUUUCGUAAGCAAAAAUAAAAUUGGUCUUCACUCAAGGAUUAUUUACUAAUAUAUAUUAAAAAAAAAGAAAAGAAGAUUUAAACAAGCUUAAAAAUUCAAGACUCUAUAUAGUAAGAAAAAAUAAAAACAGUACUCUAAAUUUAAGAAUAUAAUCUGCAUUAAUUUAUUUUUACAGUGAAAAUAUAAUAUUCUUAAAUUUAGAAUAUCUUUUUUUUUGUAACUAUAUAAAGUUUAAAAAUUAUAUUAAUAAUUAGUUUUUAAUUGCUCAAUAUUUAUUAAGUUGACAACAUAUUUUUAAUAUUAUUUAUUAUUUAUAUUUAUAACUAA